AUGGUAGAACAUCUUGUAAAAUCAUGCAUCCCGUGUCAGGCCACUACCAGAAGUGCUACUCGCCCUGAACCACUGGUGAUGUCUACAUUGCCAGCACAACCAUGGUGCAAUAUAUCUAUCGACUUCGGAGGUCCACUUCCUUCAAAUGACCUACUUCUUGUUGUAACUGAUGACUACAGCAGAUUUCCUGAAGUUGAAAUUGUGUCAUCGACGUCAGCAGCUGUAGUGAUACCUAAACUGGAUGCUAUCUUCUCCAGACAAGGAGUACCUGAAGUUGUAAGGUCAGAUAAUGGUCCGCCAUUCCAGGGAUCUGACUUCGCCGACUUUGCUGCCGACAUGGGUUUUACCCACCGACGUGUGACACCCCUUUGGCCUCAGGCUAAUGGCCAAGUGGAACGUUUUAUGGACACAGUCAUGAAAUCAAUCCGGGCAGCUCACCUAGAGGGAAAACUGUGGAAGAGAGAAUUACUAAGAUUUCUUCGACAGUACAGGGCAACCCCUCACACGACAACAGGUGUGGCUCCAGCGGAGGCACUGUAUCGCCGCCGGUUUCGUACGCAGCUCCCUCAGCUGCCGGCUAAAGACUUACCCUUGCUGCCGGAUGUCCACAGCCAGAUAAAGCUACGUGAUGCUACGAACAAGGCAAAGAUGAAACAAUAUGCCGAUAAGAGACGUCGUGUAAAGCCCUGUGAAAUUCGGGAAGGAGACCAUGUUCUAGUGAAGCAACAACGCCGCAACAAGGGAUCACCACACUACGAUCCUGUACCGUUCGUGGUAGAAACGCGCAAAGGGAAUAUGGUGAUUGCCAGGCGUGGAGUCCAGAAAAUCACUCGAAACAUCACGUUUUUCAAACGUCUAACUGGAUCAAUCAAUCCGGAUCCCUUACCUGACGAACCGGAUACCUUCUCGGAACCCCCACCUGAUGAGACGACACUACACGACCGAGGACCACAACCCGUUGAGGACGCACCACUCAAACCAUGUCUGAAGUCUGCAGAUCGACCUCAGCGUGCGCGUAAACUUCCAGUGAGAUUCAGGGAUUAUCUCGGUGUCCCUACAUAG